AUGCGAGGAGCCGGUGUCGGGGGGCAGACAGGAUGCGGGGAGCCGGAACAGGGGCAGACAGGAUCCUCGGAGCUGCCUGAGUGGGUACCCGGGUCCAUGGCGCUGGCUGCGGGGGGUCCGGGCCCACCACCUGAGCAGGGGCCGAUGCGUCCGGGACCACCCCCGACGACGCGCCCGAGACCACCGCCGGAACAGGGGCUAGAUGUGGCUGGCGUCGACGCGUCGUCGGUGUCGCCCCAGAGCCUGGAUGCUCCGGGGGCCACCCCGAGCCAGGCGUGUUACCCAGAAGGGGGAUUCCUCCUCGUCCGGGGAGUCCAGCUCGUCGGGGUGCUGCCAUCCAGGGAUCGCGAGGGCCGCCUCCUGGUAAACGAUGGCCCAGAAGGCGGCACUCUCUCCUGCUGGGUCCAUGCUGAAUCUGAAAGAUUUGUUUUGCAUAUAACAAAAACGAAGCAGAGUGAUACCGCGUUUUACUACUGCUUUAGAUCAAAAUGGUUCAAUAUUACUUUCUUUAAAGGAACAUUUCUGAGAAUUGAAGGACCAAAACCCAACUUUACCAGAGUCAUUCAAGACUCUCCAUCUGAUGCAGUUCAUACAGGAGACUUGGUGACUCUGCAGUGUUCAGUCCUCUCUGAGUCUCAAAGGAAAACUUGUCCAGAAGAGCAAAGUGUGUACUGGCUAAAAGCUGCGUCAGCUGAAUCACAUCCCAGUAUAAUUUAUGCUCAAAGUAACAGUGAUGGUAAAUGUGAGAAGAGUUCUGAGGGUCAGUCCGUACAGAGAUGUGUCUACAGCUUCAUCCAAGAGAACGUCAAAUCCUCCGAUGCUGGAAAUUAUUAUUGUGCCGUUGCCGCAUGUGGGAUGAUAGUUUUUGGAAAUGGAACUAAACUGGAUAUUGGAGUUGCCAGAACAAGUGAUUCAGCGAAGGAAAACAUUUUUUUCUUUUUGUUAUGUGGUUCUCUGGCAAUAAAUCUGACGGUCGUAAUGGUCCUUGUUUGUGUUAUCAGGAAAAAUGUCCCUUGUUGCAAAGUGUGUCUGCAAACAAAAGCUGAAAAAGUCAGUGGUGAACAGGAAAAUCGGCAGGAGGUAAAUCAGGAGUCUGUGAUUUAUUCUGAAGAUGCCUUUUUCCAGAGGAAAGGAAACAAAGCAGGGAGGAGAAAGGUCCAAGUAGAUGAGGAGAUGAUCUACAGUGAUGUCAGGGUUUGAUUAAGACAAACGCUGGAUUUAAGCAGCGUAAAUUUAGUGUGAACCAUAUUCAUAUGUUUUUUUUUAAGCCCUGCAGAUAGUGUUACUGGUAUUAAAGUAAUAACUUCUGAUUGUAUAACUAUCCCUAUGUUAUAAACUAUAUGGUAUUUGAUAAUGAAAUAUUCUUAAAUGGCUUUUGAUACUUUUGAUACCACUUUAGCUUUUGUGGAAGAUGCAUCUUGAAGAUUGGUAAUCUUGCUGGCUUUUUUUUCUUUUCAAAUGUUUGAAGUGAUAAAGCUUUCCCACAAAA